AUGCUAAAGCCUGUCACGAAUGCAGCCCUGCCACACACCCUGCCCUGCCACACACCCUGCCCUGCCACAUACACAGCCCUGCCACACACCCUGCCCUGCCACACACCCAGCCCUGCCACACACCCAACCCUGCAACACACCCUGCCCUGCCACAAACCCAGCCCUGCAACACACCCUGCCCUGCCACACACCCUGCCCUGCCACACACCCAGCCCUGCCACACACCCAACCCUGCAACACACCCUGCCCUGCCACAAACCCAGCCCUGCAACACACCCUGCCCUGCCACAAACCCAGCCCUGCAACACACCUAGCCCUGCCACACACCCAGCCCUGCAACACACCCAGCCCUGCAACACACCCAGCCCUGCCACACACCCUGCCCUGCCACAAACCCAGCCCUGCAACACACCCUGCCCUGCCACAAACCCAGCCCUGCAACACACCCUGCCCUGCCACAAACCCAGCCCUGCAACACACCCUGCCCUGCCACAAACCCAGCCCUGCAACACACCCAGCCCUGCAACACACCCUGCCCUGCCACACACCCAGCCCUGCAACACAUCCAUCCCAGCCACACACCCAGCCCUGCCACUCAACCUGCCACACACCCGGCUUUGCCACACACCCAGCCCUGCCACACAGCCAGCCCUGCACACUACCAGCCCUGCCCAUCUGCCAGCUUGA